UAGAAAUGGUAAUUAUGGCUUUAUGUGCAAAGAGAACUGCAGUGGAAAUUGCUUGAAUAAUGAAACUUGCUACCAUAUUGACGGGCAUUGUAUGAAGGGAUGUGAGACGGGAUUUCAAGGCGAGAAAUGUGACGCACUAUGUCCACCUGGAACUUUUGGAGAAGACUGUGCAGGGAAUUGUAGUGGAAACUGUGAUAACAAUGAUACUUGCUACUUCAUCAAUGGACAUUGUCUCUGGGGUUGUCGUGAUGGAUUUCGAGGAAAGCGCUGUGAUGAACAAAACAGUCCUGUAGCACUUACGGGAUCUUGCAUCUAUGGAAUAGACUAUGUUUAUGGCCUAACAGCAGGACUGGUUAUUUCCUUCAUAUUGAAUGUAGGAUUCCUCUUUACAGUAAUUAAACUCAUCAGAAAGAAGAAAAAUAAACAGGGAACUGACCAUUCUACAUCCGAGGUCAAUGACAGAGAAGGUUUCCAGCAAAGAUCAAUACCUGUCAGCCAUGUUGAAAACCACGCAUACGAGGAACUGAAUGCCACACAAUCCGUCCAUAUUUACCAAAAUCUCUCGCUUAAUGAUAACAAAACAAGCUUUAUGUAAUAUUGGUGAUCAUAUCAUACCGAUCAACCAUCCAAAUAUAACAUAGCACAUUGUGUGAAUAUUGUCAUUUAUUAGAUGACAAUACAUCAAAUAUUAUCAUUCUAUAUAAUGAUAACAACAACAAUCUAAGGGGAGAUCCAGACAAUACUGACAUCACAAGUUGCUUUUAUAAAAUCCCUGAACAUGACAAAGAGAUCUCCCCUGUUACAUAACUUUACAAAAGUUUUGACAAAAUAUAAUUACAGCAUUAUGAUUUAAAUUUUGAAUAUGUAACGUACAUCAUUAAAAUAUUCAAAUAGAUAUUAUUUAAGGUUCCUGUUAUGAGUAUAAAUCAAAACAACCACCAACUAACCAAUGAACGUUACUGUCUAUUAUAAUUUAAUCAUUACUUGCAAAUUGUCCGGAUUUGUCAAUAAAGAUGAGACAUAUCCCAUGCCUACAAACUUUUUUCUGCAAAUCUGGCAUCGCUCUCUUGAUAUCAAUUAACGAAAUGAAAGAAGAUGAAUUUGAGAAAAUUGUCAUAUAUCAUUAAAAUUUUGUACAUAUAUAAAACCAACACUAACUUAUAAAUUUAGUGGCAAAUAUGGAGUAACUACAAAAAGUAACCCUAUCUAAACGAUGCAAUUCAUUGUAUGGUGUACAAGUAGGAAGGUGGUGCAGUACUUAAGAGUUCCAAUGAAAAAUCUGUAUAUAAUAUUUAAAAUCCUAUGGAAAAGUAAUUACUACACAGUAUUUUGGAAAUGUAAAUGUAAAUUCUUAAUAUUGUAUUAAAAACUAUAAUUCCUCAAAUUUUGGUGUGAUGCAUAAGUAAAUAUGAAUUUUAUAACGUUUCAUAUACACUUGGUUGAAAUCCGACUUUUUGAAAUUGACGGCUGCGUAGACACAGGCGGCGCACUGACCUGUGAU